CUCGUUGUCAUGUUCUCUCCUUAUGCACUUGUUUUUUAAAAGCUUCUAUUUCUGCUUUUCGCGUUUUCGUCAUGACUGCCUUUGAAGAGAUGGGCGUGAUGUCGGAGCUUGCCCAAGCUGUUGAAGAGAUGGAUUGGAACCUACCAACUGACAUCCAGGCAGAGAGCAUUCCUUUGAUAUUAGGAGGAGGUGAUGUGUUGAUGGCUGCCGAAACAGGAAGUGGAAAGACUGGAGCCUUUUGUUUGCCGGUGAUUCAAAUCGUUUGUGAAACUAUUAAAGAUAUUCAAGAAGGAAAAACAAAAAAAUCGCAAGGGAACAAACCAGCAGCAAUUCCCACUAAGUGGAAGAUGAAUGUUUUUGACAGAACGCCAGCUAUGGCAAUUGAUACUGAAGAAGGGUUGGUAUGUCAGAGUCGCGAUUUCCAAGGCUGGCACGGCACGAGGUCCAACAAGGGAGUCUCCAUUAAAGGUAAAUAUUUUUACGAGGCCACAGUGACAGAUGAGGGACUGUGCAGAGUUGGUUGGUCAACAAUGAAUGCUUUUCUUGAUCUUGGCACUGACAGGGAAGGAUUCGGUUACGGAGGAACCGGCAAGAAGUCAUUUGGAAAACAAUUUGACUCUUAUGGUGAGAGUUUUGGUUUGUCUGAUGUAAUAGGCUGCUAUUUGGAUUUGGAUAAUUUCACAAUCAAGUGGUCCAAAAAUGGUGUUGACUUUGGCAAGGCUUAUGAUAUACCUCCAAAUCUACGUCAUUCAGUUUUUUACGCUGCUGUCUGCCUCAAGAAUGCAGAGAUGAAAUUUAACUUUGGUGGCAGCCGGUUCUCGCACCUGCCUAAGGAGGGAUUUGUGAGUUUAAUGGAUGCACCAAGGGACUGUGUUGUCAACUCUACUGCCUCAGGUGGCUCCAAAGAAGGUUCAGUAGCUGCAAAGCCCAACGCCCCAUACGCUAUCAUAAUUGAACCUUCAAGAGAAUUGGCAGAACAGACCUUCAACCAAAUCAAGCACUUCAAAAAAAAGUUGUCCACUGAGCUAAGAGAGCUGCUUGUUGUCGGUGGGGCAAGUGCCAAGGACCAAAUUGAUGCUCUCAUGAAGGGGGUGGACAUUGUGGUGGGCACUCCAGGCAGACUGGAGGACUUAAUUUCAACUGAGAGACUGUUGCUAUCUUCUUGCAAGUUCUUCAUUCUAGAUGAAUGCGAUGGAUUGUUGUCAGCAGGCUAUGGUGAUUUGAUAUCUCGAAUGCACAAACAAAUCCCACAAGUGUCAGCAGAUGGCAAAAGGUUGCAGAUGAUAGUCUGCUCCGCUACUUUGCAUUCAAUAGAUGUUAAAAGACUUGCUGAUAAAUUGAUGCAUUUUCCUACCUGGAUUGAUUUGAAGGGACAAGAUAGCGUACCUGAGACAGUUCAUCAUGUGGUUUUAAUGGUUGAUCCAAAAACGGACACUACAUGGAAGACCUUAAAAAAUCACAUAAAAACCGAUGAAGUACAUAGUAAAGAUGCACUGAAUCCAUCCAUCGAAACGCCAGAAAUGCUCUCUGAAGCAGUAAAAUUGCUGAAGGGUGAGUACGUUGUGAGAGCAAUACAGCAGCAAAAAAUGGAUCGGGCCAUCAUCUUUUGCCGGACCAAAGUUGAUUGUGACAACAUGGAGGAGUACCUCAUUAAAAGUGGCGGAGGUAAGGGACGAAACAGUCAGUUUUCAUGCGUGUGUUUGCACGGCGAUCGUAAGCCAAACGAAAGAAGAGACAAUUUAGAGAUGUUCAAAAGAGGUGAUGUAAAGUUUCUCAUCUGUACAGACGUGGCUGCUCGUGGCUUGGACGUGUCGGGACUUCCAUAUGUUAUAAAUGUAACGUUGCCUGAUGAGAAACAGAAUUAUGUGCACAGAAUUGGAAGAGUUGGAAGAGCUGAAAGGAUGGGUCUAGCAAUUUCACUUGUGUCAGUUGUAAAAGAAAAAGUGUGGUACCAUUCAAACUGUUCAUCUCGAGGCAAGGGUUGUUACAACACGAGACUAACAGACGAGGGCGGAUGUUGCAUUUGGUACAAUGAACCCCAGUUUUUAUCAGACAUUGAGGAACACCUUGGAGUGACAAUUGAUCAGACAGACACAUCUUUGAAAAUUGAAUGCAGUGAAUUUGAUGGGAAGGUGACAUAUGGACAGAAAAAGAGUGUAACAGGAUCUGAGUACAAGGGACAUACAGAGAUAUUGGCUCCUUCUGUUAAGAAGUUGGCGGAAUUAGAGAAGAAAUCUCAAUCAUCAUACAUCAACCUCCUGUACAUGAAACCAUUUCUGUCUAGAUAACAUGGCACUAUAAUCUAUUGGAUCUUCCAGUUUCAUUUUCAAACAUUCUUCAUCUCUUUAGGUAUUGCGACCCGUUCUUGUUGUUUUUCCCAAAUAAAUGAAGAUAUUCUUGCAGUACGAAUUUUUUGCUUCAAAUAAAUUAAAUUGCACAAGUUGACGUUGGAAAAUGUUGGCCAUCAUGCCUGGUAUCUCGAUUAAGGGUUGCUGCGACUAAAUGUUAUAAUAUUGUAGUAAAAAUUAGUGUCGUGCAAAAAAUAAAUAUUUAGUUUAGCCUACUUAAAUGAGAAAAUGCAAUUUAUAUAAAAACGCAUAGCUAUGCGUGAGCGCGCGUGUGUUCAAGAAUAUAUUCAAGGUUUAUACAUUUAGCCUUUGUUAUUGGUGUAGCCAGAAAUUAUUCGUUGGAAGCUCGGAUUUUUGAAAAGUGUUUUUUGUAACUUUUUUUACAAGCUUCAUAUCAAAAGUGCUGUUAUAAAUAGAUUAAUGAUACUUUUAUGGACGUUGCUAAGACAGUUUGACCCGUGUAAUAUUCACACACGUACGUACACUAAGAGAGGAUAAAAAAGAAAAAUUAACUGUU